UUGGACACCGACCUCGCUCCAACUCCCAUCACUCAAUAUUCAUAAAUACAUAACAACAUAAUAAUAAAUGACGCUUUUAACUCUUCUAAUCGCCAGUUUAUUUACCUCUGUUUUGUCGUGGUACCAUAAUGAACCCAGUUUUUGGGUACCAGGGCAGUAUGGGUACCAAGGAGUGCAUAAUGGUUUGGAGCAUGCGAGGGAGUUUGUUAACGAGUGGACUGUGGAAGUGGAAGGUGGAGAAGAAGUAGCUCAGCUGGUGGCUUUGGAGCUUGGAUACGUUUUUGGAGGGAAGGUCCGUGGAUUUCCAGACACGUACAUAUUUUUGAAAUAUGAACAUGAGAAGAAGCGGCGCACCCCCAGUCAUCACACGUCGGCACUUGUCAAGGACAGGAGGGUGAGAUGGGCUGAACAACUGUUUUCGAAGUCUAGGGUCAAACGUUACCUCAUGCCCGACCCAGACGAAUCACUACAUAGGGUUAAGAGACUUGAAGAAACCGACAAUUUGGAAACAAUAAAUAAUGAUCAUCGAGGUAAAACCUGGUUUAAUGAUGAAUUGUGGAGCCACGAAUGGUAUUUGCAAGACACGCGCACAAUACACAAUUUACCGCGGCUCGAUCUAAACGUGCUGCCCGUCUAUGAAAUGGGGUACAACGGCAAAGGUGUGCGCGUCUCCGUACUCGAUGACGGCAUGGAACACAAUCACACAGACUUACGAGCUAACUACGAUCCAGAAAUAAGUUGGGAUAGCAACGACGAUGAUCCAGAUCCUUCACCGAGGUAUGAAGACAUCAAAUUAAAUUCGCAUGGCACUCGUUGUGCAGGAGAAAUUGCCAUGACUGCGAACAACUUGAAAUGUGGUGUGGGCGUGGCGUGGGGGGCGAAAGUGGGUGGAGUUAGAAUGCUCGAUGGACGAAUUACAGACCGGAUAGAGGGAGAAGCGAUAGGAUACGCUUUGGACAAAGUGGACAUAUAUAGUGCUUCUUGGGGUCCUAAUGACGAUGGUCGAACCGUCGAGGGACCAGGGCGCCUAGCUAACGAGGCGUUUAAGCGUGGUGUCUCUGAGGGUCGUGGUGGCAAAGGUGCCAUCUAUGUGUGGGCAAAUGGAAAUGGCGGUGGUCAUGGAGACAACUGUAACUGCGAUGGAUACUCGUCUAGUAUUUACACAAUAUCAAUAGGAAGUGCUUCUCAACAUGGUCUGUUUCCUUGGUACGGAGAGAUUUGUUCAUCUACGCUUGCUGCCGCGUACUCCUCUGGUGCCUAUAAAGAUCAGAAAAUAGCUACGACAGACACCGGUGAUUCCUGUACGCUGGGACAUACUGGAACGUCUGCCGCCGCCCCAUUGGCCGCUGGCAUCAUCGCUCUCGCUCUAAGCGCAAAUCAAAAUUUAACAUGGCGGGAUGUACAACACUUAAUAGUUUGGACAUCAGAGUACGCUCCGCUUUCAGCGAAUCCAGGCUGGCAAAUAAAUGGUGCAGGACUAUAUUUCGACGUUCGAUUUGGUUUUGGACUUUUAAAUGCCGGUGCACUGGUGAAAACGGCUCUAAACUGGACGACCGUGCCAAGAGAUUAUGUAUGCCGGGUGAAUUCUGCACCGUCUGAGGAAGGAAAUACUCGUUUGUGGUCCAGGCAUCACAUCGAAGUAUUGAUAACAGUAGAUGACGAUUGUUUAGUCAAUUUCGUUGAACAUGUCGAAGUAUCAAUAAAUGUGAAGUAUUCGCGACGGGGAGCAUUGGAGAUUUAUUUAGUUUCACCCCAAGGUACUCAAGUUCAGCUACUCAGCGCACGUCACAAGGACACAUCAACAGCAGGUUUUCUGAACUGGCCUCUUAUGUCUGUAGCCACGUGGGGCGAAAAUCCCAAAGGUGUCUGGAAGGUCAUAGUUACUGAUAAUACUUACGAAAAAAACACCGGAGACGUCGGUCCUGUGAGUUUAACGAUACAUGGAACGAAAACUAUACCAGCACACAUGAAAAACGGCCCAAGGAUUUACAAUGAUAACUAUAACUAUCAAGAAGCAUUCGAAUAUUUCGAUAAUGUAGACAAAGACGUCGCUGACGUCGUAUCGAAUACCGUUACAGACGACGAAGUUGUAGCCAUGCUACCAGGCGAGCAUAAGUCGCAGGCGGUCGUCGAUAUACAUGACAUUGAUUCAACAGUAUUAGCUGAAGUGGAGAAAGAAUUACAAAGAAUUAAUCAUAGACGAGUGUAUAGCGAUAUAGGAUUGUAAAAUGUCAUAUUUAAUCUGCUUUGUCAUGUAAAUAACAAUACAUAAUACGUUUAUAUGAUACAUUAUGUAUUAUGGAAUAGACACAGUGAAGUAAACAGUUAGUGGCGACAUCUAUUUAUCUAACAUUAAAUAUAGAUAAAUCGGUUUUUUAUUAGGUACCUUAUGUAUUUUUUGUCUAUUUAUAUAUCUAUGUACUUGUCUGGUUUAUUAAUAUCAUAGACCAGUAUUGAAAUCCUUUAAUUAGUGUAUUAAUUCUACCUACACAUAAUAUUUAUUUUGAACUAUUUUCGCGUUUAAGAUAAUAGUAUGCAAACAGAGUUAAGUACUUGUAUGUAUUAUGUAAAUAAAAAAUGAUCUCAUAUAAAGUUCAGUCAACAAAAUGAACGUUUACAUAUUUAAUUUUGUAUACCUUAAAAAUUAAAAAAUAUUAUCAGGUAACGAAAAGGAACUUCAUUGUAUUUCACAAAAAUAUCAAUUUUCUUUGCCACAUUUUGUACCUACUAACUAGAAUUUUAAAUUGUUAAUUUUUCUGGAAAUGUAUUCUAUUCCUCUUUUGAAGUUCAU